AUGAGUAAUAUUGUUGUCUUUGGAGGGGACUCGCACCCCGAGCUGGUGACCAAGAUCUGUGAGAAUUUAGACAUUCAUCCGUUGCAGGUGGAAUUGGGGAAGUUUUCUAAUGGGGAGACGAGCAUUGCCCUGCGUGAGUCUGUUCGUGAGAAGGACGUGUAUAUCAUCCAGAGUGGGUGCGGUCAAGUGAAUGACACACUUAUGCAGCUGUUGAUCCUGAUCAGUGCUUGUAAGUCUGCGUCUGCCUCGAGGGUCACUGCGGUAAUGCCGUAUCUCUGCUACUCGAGACAGCCUGAUAUUCCAUACACUGCCACGGGUGCCCCCAUCAUUUCCAAACCCAAGGAGAGCUACACUUUUGAAUCGCAUCCAGGCACCCCGGUGUCUUCUUCAUUGAUGACGCAAAGACCAGGUGCUGAAAGUUCGUUGAAGAGCUUGGAUAGUGCCAUACGAUCCACCAUCAAUCUGGAAAAUCCUCAACCUAUCAGAACACCAAACAUCAACGCCACAGCGAACAACAAUCCCGAAAUCAAAAAAACGCUUUCGUUUUCCAGAAUCCCCAUGAUUCCUGGUGGUAAAUUACAAAACACAAGCAACAGCAAGGAUGCAGGUGAAUUGUUCAACGCUCAAAACGCGGGCUACAAGUUAUGGGUAGUACAAGCCGGUACUUUGAUUGCUCAUUUGUUGAGCGCUGCGGGCGCUGACCAUGUGAUCACCAUGGAUCUGCAUGAUCCACAAUUCCCAGGGUUUUUUGAUAUCCCAGUGGAUAACCUUUACUGCAAACCAAUUGCUCAAAAUUAUAUCCAACACCGCAUUCCAGAUUAUCAAGAUGCAGUGAUCGUUUCUCCAGAUGCUGGUGGUGCCAAGAGGGCCACCGCGAUCGCAGACGCUCUAGAAUUAUCGUUUGCUCUGAUUCAUAAAGAGAGAAGAUCUCAGUUACUAAAGGGUCCUCCGGAUGCUACAUUGACUUCAGGUGGUUCGUUGCCUGUAUCUCCAAGACCGUUGGUGACGACACUUGUAUCUUCUCAAAACAUGACUACAUCAAUUGCCACAGGUGUUGCAGCUCUAGAAAUGAAAAAAACAACAUCAAACUCUUCCACUUCAUCUCAAUCCUCUAAUUCAUCCAAGUUUGUUCAGACCACCAUGCUUGUUGGUGACGUGAGAAACAAGGUGUGCAUUAUCGUGGACGAUUUAGUAGAUACUUCAUACACCAUCACGAGGGCUGCCAAAUUAUUGAAGGAUCAAGGUUCCACCAAAGUUUACGCUCUGAUUACACACGGUAUCUUUUCUGGGGAUGCACUGGAGAGAAUCGGCCAGAGUAGUAUAGAUAAGCUAAUUAUUUCCAAUACUGUCCCUCAAGACAGAACCUUACAAUACCUGGGCAAGGAAAGAGUGGACGUUAUUGAUGUUUCUUGCAUAAUAGGUGAAGCUAUCAGAAGAAUCCAUAAUGGUGAGUCCAUUUCUAUGUUGUUUGAACAUGGUUGGUAG